AUGACUACCAUGGAUUUGCGUGUCGGUAACAAGUACCGCAUCGGCCGUAAGAUCGGAAGCGGUUCUUUCGGUGAUAUCUACCUCGGCACCAACAUCAUUUCCGGUGAAGAGAUCGCCAUCAAGCUUGAGAGCGUCAAGGCCAAGCACCCUCAGCUCGAAUAUGAGGCUCGCGUCUACAAGUCUCUCGCCGGUGGUGUCGGUAUCCCCUUCGUCCGCUGGUUCGGUACUGAGUGCGACUACAACGCCAUGGUUAUCGACCUCCUGGGUCCCAGUCUCGAGGACCUGUUCAACUUCUGCAACCGCAAGUUCUCCCUGAAGACCGUUCUUCUCCUCGCCGAUCAGCUCAUCUCCCGCAUCGAAUACAUCCACGCCAAGUCCUUCAUUCACCGUGAUAUCAAGCCCGACAACUUCCUCAUGGGUAUUGGCAAGCGUGGUAACCAGGUCAACGUGAUCGAUUUCGGUUUGGCCAAGAAGUACCGCGACCCCAAGACCCACUUCCACAUCCCUUACCGCGAGAACAAGAACCUUACUGGUACUGCCCGUUAUGCCAGUAUCAACACUCACUUGGGUGUCGAGCAGUCUCGCCGUGAUGAUAUGGAGUCUCUGGGUUACGUGAUGCUCUACUUCUGCCGUGGCUCUCUCCCCUGGCAGGGCCUAAAGGCUGCCACCAAAAAGCAGAAGUACGACCGUAUCAUGGAGAAGAAGAUGACCACCCCUACUGAGGUACUCUGCCGUGGUUUCCCCAACGAGUUUGCCAUCUACUUGAACUACACUCGCUCGCUCCGCUUCGAUGACAAGCCGGACUACUCCUACCUGCGCAAGAUCUUCCGUGACCUCUUCGUCCGUGAGUCCUUCCAGUACGACUACGUGUUCGACUGGACUGUCUACAAGUACCAGAAGAACGCUGCCAUGAUCGUCGACGCCACCAAGAAGGACAAGGAUGAGGAGGCGCGCCGCCAGGGUGCCGCUGCCCCCAUCGGCGCCAGCGCUGCAGCCGCUAAGCCCGGUGCUAUUUCGGGCCAGCGCCGCAAGGUCAUUGACCGUGGCGCCCUCGACAACACUCCGGACACCAACCGUGCCGUGGGAGGAAGUGACAGGAUGCUGCGUUCUGCCUCGAAAGGAGCUGCUUUAGGUUAUGGACCUUCUGGUGGCCGUUCGAAGCUGGACGAUGGAUCAGGGGCUCAGUACUACUAA